AUGGCCCACUUCAAUGGCGAAAGCAUUGUGAAAGCUCUUGCUCAAAAGCUUCAGCUGGUUCGUAAGGUGGCCCUUCGACUUCUUCAAGUCCUGGGAUUCUUACGACAGGAAAAUGUCAUUCAUGCUGACCUCAAGCCUGAGAAUAUACUGUGCCGAACAGAGGACUUGUCAUCAGGUGUCAAGGUGAUUGAUUUUGGUAACGCUAUCCACUGUGUCUAUGAUGAGCUGUCAUUAUACUAUGAUGAUUUUGAGCUGCAGACGUUACUGUAUCGGGCACCGGAGGUUGUGUAUGGUCUUCCAUUUGGUCCAGAGAUUGACAUGUGGUCUGUUGGAUGCAUCUUGGCUGAGUUAUAUCUCGGAGAGCCUCUAUUCUUUGCUGUCACCAAAGAAGAGCUUCUACAGAAGAUGGUAGCUGUCCUUGGCCCACUUCCUGUCCAAAUCUUCCAAAGAGGAAAGUUCUUCUCAGAGUUUGAGUGCUUCAUUGGCAAGUCACAUACUCAGCUGGAGACGCAGGGCAAGCUAUUCCGCAGGCUAGGGGAGCUACGGGAUUACAACUUUGGUAGUUUCAUUCUCUCUAUCCUGCAAUACAACCCAAGUGAGCGAAUCUCCAUAAGUGAUGCCUUUCUUCAUCCAUUUCUUGCCCCAGAAGUUGCUGGCAGAUUUCUUGUACCUCCCAGCUCCAAUGCUGGCACAUCCAUGUAUAACAGAAUCAACAUUCCAGCGAGCAUCUACUCAUUAUCCCCAGUAAUCUCCUCAGAAAUAUCUGCCGAUCAUCUCAACAGUGUUGAUCUGCUUCGACACGGUACGGCCUCAAUCCAGCCAGAGCCGGUUCAAGCCAAGAGACCAAGACGUGCGGUGGCUGAAGUGGCACCGUUUACUCCCAAACAGGAUAUUGAUGUAUCAGAUAGUCGGAGUGUCAGGGAACCAGUGAAUGAUGCAGUACCAAUCAAUGCACAACAAACAGUCUGUGAUAUCACAUUGAAGGAGGAAGCACAAAGCCUCAACACUGACUUCAUGGGCAUGCAUAAUAUUGCCACAGUUGCUCAUAGUACUGCCUCUAGCAUUCCAGAAACAAUUCUGUCUUAUCAAGCAUCCACCAAAUCAGUGAAAGAGAUAAAUCAAGCGCAGUACAGUGUAAGUACAGCACAGCAAGAAUUAAAGGAAUGCACAGUCAAGCUAGAACUACUGGAACAUCUAAGACAUUCAGCAUGUUACAAUGCUGCAAAGAAUGAAUCGGCUGAUUGUAAUAGGACUGAAGACACAAACGAAACAGGAUCUAGUUGUGUUACAAAUGACAGACCAUUACCCAACAAGACAAACUCCAAUAUGGAACUUGAAGUGACCUCCAAGGAAACAUUGAGAGAAUCUCCUUCCUUGAGUAGCCUCAGUAACCCUGCAUCCACCAGUAAAGAAAUCUGUAUUGGUCACGUGGCAAGUCACAUUGGAAAGACAAUAGAGGCAAAGUACCAGCAGCAUGAGGAGCUCCCUCAAAGUCCUGCGAUGACCAGGUAUAAGCAUCUUGAGAAGAUGAAGAUGGAUACUGUGAGAGGAGACUUGGAGAAAUCAUUUGAGCGGACCGAAGACAGUGGCAAGUGGUAUCGAAAGUCAUUUACAGAGAAACCACCCAAAAGCAACAAGACUGAAUCACCUGUUAAAAACACUACCCAUCAGAAAACACCAAGAAAUUCUAAGAGGAUCCUUUCUUCCAAUCCAUCUCAUCCACAAGAUGAAGUCAGCGAUGGCUUGAUUUUAUUGACUCCCUUGAGCUCUUUACAGACACCAGAGUCUUCAAAACAACAGGUGAAGAAAGAUCUUGAUGAAUCUACUCCCAAAGGGAAACCAAGAUUGUCAAGGAGGCGCUUGCAGGAUGAGUCACCUCAUGAAAGCACAACACCAAACAGAGAGAAGCUAAUGACAUGCAUUGAAGCAAAGAAGACAAGCCCAGACAACAAGGUUUCAUUGUUAAAGAAAUCCAAGCAACUGUCAGAAACUAAGCUACUUCCCGAGUCAGUGUUAAAUGUGAGUGACAAGCUUAAAGAUCUUCAGAGUACAGCAACAAGGGGAGAAGAACAAUCCAGUUUUGCAAAUACAACUGACAAUCAAAUGAAAAGUGUUUCUCAAACUUCCCGAUCUAGAAGGAAACUGGACAGAACUAAUAAAAGCCCAAGAUGUGUAGAGAUAACCCCAAGCUCUAAAGAUGAGCCAAAUCUCUGCACAGAACUCAUAGGAAUCACCUCUGCCACUGAUAGGAAAACCACACAUAGCAGUGCAACUAAAACCUUGAGAUUAACCAGUCCAUCAUCAAGUGCUGCAUUGACUCCACGAUCUGCUGUCAGAAAGAGUAAGACUCAGGCCAAGGAAAGAAUCAAAGCAAAGCGAAGUCUGGCAGAACCAAUCCGAUGGUGGGAGUUGAAUCCACGGACAAAGAGAAAAGGAGGCGGUCAGGAGGUUGUAGAGAAUAAGACAACAGUCUCUGAGGUCAUGCCGCAGAGAGAAGUAGAGACUGGCAACGAUGACAGGAAAGAUGUAUCUCAGAUUAAAGAUGAGAAGGAAAGUCCAUCAGUCAGCCAACCUACCAACAUUCCUUCAUCUUAUAAGAAGCCAGGGAACUACACAAGUCAGACUCUCAUUGGAAAACUUGCAGAUUCUGAAAAGAAAUCACUAGCAGAAGAUGUGUUCAAGUUUGAGAGUUCACCCCAUUCAUCCAGAUCUGUGCCACUUGCAUCAUCAUCACAGUCCAAGAAACUGAGCCAAUCUGUUAUGAAUGUUGGAUUGAAAUCUAGAAGAACCAAACAAGAUUUUGGGAAGCAGGGUUUGACAAAAUUACAGAAACACCCACAUGACGAUGAGAAAAAUGUGUCAGAGGCAAAAGCGUUACAGAAACCAAGGAUGUUAAACAGGAGGAAAUCAGGUUUCAUGAGGAAUAUGAUCAAAUCACAGGCUAAUCUAAGAUCAAACCGCCAAGAAGUUUCUUCCAAACCUACAGUCAAAUCAAAACGUGACUUGGUCAGUAGAAUGCAAACUUCUAGUAGUGAGAGACGUUUUGGGCUCACUCAGGGUGCUCAUGAGAUCUCAGUGGUGGACAGUCCAAGAUCUGGUCGUAAGAGGAAGAGGAAAUUGGAGCAUUCACUUGAUAGCAGUGAGGAGGGGAUGGAUACAAGGAACAUUCAGAAAGAAUCGCCGGAUGAAGAAAUCAGUGUUGGAAUCAUGCCAUCAAGCCAGAUUGACUCGUGUAUUGAAUUGAGAAACAUCAGAGUGAAAGGGGAAGUCACUGCAAGCUGUCUGCAAGAGGAGUCAUAUCAGCAAAUUAGCCUAAGCCCUGGGAAGGAGUCUGAGAUGGAUGCUACUAGUCCAGCAUGUUCACCAUCACUCCGAUCAAACUCAGACAAUGAUGAUGAGGUGCUUCUACUGUGAAUAUAGCAAUGGCAGCCAUACAGAGGAUGAUGAGUAGACUUGAACUCCAUGUCAUCAUUGGAGCUCCAUUGGAGACUGAAACAUCCACCAGAUUUGAGGAUCUUUGGAGACCAAUUUCGUGGACUCGCAAUAAGCAGACAAUUAUGCUUAGCAAAGUUAUGUGCUGAGAACCAGCUAUAUUCAAUGUUAGAUACAUGUGACGUGUUGGCUGGUAACCCAAGUUGCUUAGCAACCAUUUGUCUGUGCAUAGCAGCUUAAUGAAAUGGACCUCUUGUGUGUUUGUGCCUGAAAUUUGUAUACAUUUACAUAAAUUAUGUGUAAAGCAGUUUUUAUUUGUAAAUAUGAUUUUAAUACAUUCCAUGCAUCUGAUGCAGUUCUGACUUUGUCCAUGAUUUUGAUAUUGUAAUAUUUCAACAUCAGUUUUGUGUAAACCACAUUUUUUUGAAUUUUUUAAAUCAUCAGUGAAACUGCAACAAUAAUGCCGAUUGCAUUACAUAAGCCGACAAUCCCAUGUUUUUUUUUCCUCAGAAAUAAAAGGUGCUCGCACUUCUGUUUUAUCUGAAAAGCUUUCCUUAUACUUGAUUGGAUUUUAAUUGAAUUAACCGCAUGCAAUUAUUGCAAUAGGGUGAUUUCCUAAAGGAAGCAGGUCCUUGUUCAAUGGUCUCUGGGGCAGUAAGCACUUCAACAAACGGUACAUCAGCAGAGCUUCCUGUGGAAGUGUUCAGUCAGUCAAGUGGAGAAAGUAGUUUUGUUUGUUUGUUUUUAAAUCUUUGAAUGCAUAAAUUCCGUUGGCCAUAUACACAUUGCCUUUUAGCCCUUACCACUCCAUUUGCAUGUCUUGCGACAACAUUUUCUAGUAUAGGAAUUCUGGUGAACACAGUUGACUGGGUUUUUGUCUCCAGCUUUACACCUUUAGAUUUCAUGGAGAGCUGCAUGUAUAUGCGGAAAUGUUCAGAGAAAUAAUCAUCAGUCAUAAGCAUGUAACCUUUUGGCAGGUAACCUGGUUUUGUUUGGCAACUGAUUUCUGUAUAUGCAAAUUUGUAUGCUUAGCAUCUCCAUGAAACUAGCUCUGGACAAAUAGACAGCAGCUGGCCCGUCGUCAAGGAGAGGGCCCUGGUGGGGCCGGGCCCCCCUUGGUGAGCAAUUGCCCCCCCCCCCCCCCCCCCCCCCGGCAAAAGCCGUACAUGUGUAUUUUUGUAUUUGUACGGUAGUGGGCCCACCUCGUUGGUACUUUGGGCCCCCCCCCCCCCUGAUGCUCAGGGCUGGCGACGGGCCUUGCCAGCAGACAUUAAGACCAGUAUGUAUGACAAGAAAUCAUAUAUGCCUCAAGUUACAGUAACUUUAACAACCCAUCUUCCCUUCCAAGAAAAAAAUCAAACCAUUGUGUUAGUGUAUGACUGUUUGUAUAUACAUUUGUAAAUGCAAAUAGGACUUUACUGUAAAGUUGUUUCUGGGACAGGGUUUAUGGUCAGAACAGAUGUGCUUCUGCUAGUCUGGGGUUGGAAGCGUUGGAUUGGUCGUGAUAGGUAUUUUUAUUUGUCCAACUGACAGAUAUGAAUAAGCAGAUUUAACAGACAAAAUGUGUGGAUGUCACUUGUAUAAUGCAGCUUAUUAUGCAAUAAAUAUCUUGCACGAGGUGCCGAC